AUGGAACCAAGCAUCUCUAUGGAAGGAAAUAGAAAUUACUCUUCAGUCGUCAUGUUUGUUUUCCUGGGACUCACAGAUGACAAAGAGCUACAGCUUGUUCUCUUUCCUAUCUUUGUAGGGAUCUACCUGGUGACCUUAGUCUGGAACCUGGAUCUGAUCAUCCUAAUCAGGAUGGACUCCCACUUGCACACACCCAUGUACUUUUUUCUUAGCGUCUUGUCAUCAAUAGACAUCUGCUUUACUUCUUCCAUCAGUCCCAGGAUGCUUUCAGAUUUCUUCAAAGAGGAAAAAACAAUUUCUUUCACUGCCUGUGCUACCCAAUAUUUUGUGGCAGCUUGGAUGGGUCAGGCUGAGUACUGCCUCUUGGCCGCCAUGGCCUAUGACAGAUACGUUGCCAUUGGUAACCCUCUGCAGUACUCAGCCAUCAUGGCACCUGGGCUCUGUCAGAAGAUGGUGGCUGGGGUCCUUGGAACUGGUUUCCUCUGUAGCUUACUUGAAAGUGUCCCCUGUUUUAAUAUGUCUUUCUGUGGGCCAAAUGUUAUCCAACAUUUCUGCUGUAACAUAUCUGAGAUUAUUCUCUUGUCUUGCUCUAGUCCCUUCAUCACCCAAAUCAUCCUUUUCCUUGCAGCCAUAUUGGUUGGAUUUGGCUCCUUGCUCAUUAUCCUAUUGUCUUAUGGUUUUAUUGCAGCCUCCAUCUUGAAAAUAUCCUCAGGGAAAGGGAGUGCCAAGGCAUUUAACACCUGUGCCUCCCACCUGGCAGUUGUGACCCUCUUCUAUGGCACAGCCUUAGCAGUGUACAUGCGGCCUAGUUCUGGCCACACUGAGAAGCAGAACAAGGUGCUGUCAGUGUUCUAUAUUAUCGUCAUCCCCAUGUUAAACCCUCUCAUCUACAGUCUAAGGAACAGGGAGAUCAAAGAGGCCCUCAAGAGGGUGAUAAAGAAGGCUACAUUCUUUCCUUAG